AACAGCAUACCUGCACUCCUGCAAGUCUUUCUUUACACAGCGUAAUCGGUCUUUUGCGAACCUCAUCGCGGCGUGAAGAUCUCGAUCCGUCUCAAGGUCAUCCGUCCGUCUGUAGAUCAACUUCAUCGUCGAGACCUUAACGUCCUCUUACACCCGGGCUCGAGAUCCACACCUAGCCGCCCCUACUUGGCCACUUAGCACUCUUCUCCUUCCUACAGCUCCUCUGCUCCCAGGCGGAUCACCAUCAUGCGUAUCGAGAAAUGUUACUUCUGCUCUGUCAAUGUUUACCCAGGACACGGUACCAUGUUCGUCAGGAAUGAUGCCAAAUGCUUUCGAUUCUGUUCAUCGAAAUGUCAUAAAAAUUUCAAAAUGAAGAGGAAUCCGAGAAAAGUUAGAUGGACAAAAGCUUUCCGAAAGGCUCACGGAAAGGAAAUGGUCAUUGACUCUACGUUUGAAUUCGAGAAACGACGGAAUGUUCCCGUUCGAUAUGAUCGAGAAUUGGUCGCUACGACGCUCAAAGCGAUGGACCGAGUGGAGGAGAUCAGACAAAAGAGAGAAAAGGCGUUUUGGAAGAACAGGAUGUCCAAGAACCCCGCUCAGAAAUCUCGCGAAAACAUCAAAGACAUCGAGACACACCUCAACCUCGUCCAACCUCGUGCGGCUGGAUCCGAGGAGAAGGACAAGAUCAGGGAAAAGAUCAAAGUUCGUGCUGCGCAGAGGAAAGAGAUGGCUCUGCAGCAGGAGAAGGCGACUGGGUCAGGCAGAUCAAAAAAGCCGAGUCGACUCAUCCCCGCCGAAGGUGGAGGUAUGGGCAUGGGCAUGGAAGUGGAGUAGCGGGGGAGAGACGAGCAAUCAUGGAUAUGCAGUCUCGCGAUGUGUCUUUCGUUUGUUGUAUUUUGCUACAUUCAUGCGGUCAUGAAUUUUCUUUCACGC